GCAGAACCCGUUCUCCCUCGCCUAUAACGAGCAUCUCACCAUGUUGUUUUGGUGCGCCUAACAAGCUGCUUCAUUUUCGGCUGAGCGUUGGUAGCAAAUAUGGGCCAGGCACUCGCUUCAGUGAAGCGUUUCGUGCGGAAUUUCGAUGUAGAACAUCGAGCCAUGAAGUACAUUGAAAAGUCAUCCAAGCGAGCAGUUGCUGCCCCCAAACAUCCGGGGACACCCUCUGUUCAGCUCAGUCACGAACAACUAGAGGACCUAUUUUCCCACAACCCGGAACUCGACAGACGUGUAGAUAAAUUUGACAUAACCUCUGCCCCGGUCAAAGAUGGGAUACUUCCUGAAGGUAUCAACUAUGUGAAGGAAUCCAAACGUCGUCUACCACAGGUAAGUAUCUCCACUUUUAUUCUCCUUUGAUUUCUUCAGAAAGUCUAUGGUCAAGAUCCUUUCCCCGAACCGCACAUAGACUUUGGUUUUAUCGUACCGGAUUCAGUCCCGAAGGGACGUUUGACCAUGCGACAGGCUGUCAAUCUUAUUAAAGCGUACCAAACUAAACAAAGCACUAUCGAGGAAUUAGCCUUAUCAAACAGUAUGGAUCGCCGAAACGUGGAAGCUAUUGUUGAGCAUUUCAUGUUGUUCACGGUUCCCUCGGCACAAUUGUGGACGCCACCAUCGCUAUUGUCCGAUAUUGCAGAGAAACAAAAUCUGUUGGAUCAGCCCGUCGAAGCGACUGAAAGUGAUGAACCUCUCGGUGGAUCGAUACAUGAAAAGAGACGUUCCGCCCUCCUAGGACUGCCAUCCGAAUAACUUGUCUUUCUAGCUUGUGUACUGUAGAUAAACCGAAAUAAACUAUUUUUGAAAGUUUGUUUUCUAGUAGUUAUCAUCAGUUGCAGGGUCACUUUCCAAGCGUUCACACGGGCUUUCUUCCACAGCUUUUUAUAUGACCGUAUUCUCUCUGGGUCGGUACAUCAUUCGAACUCAGCAGCACUGGUCACGCCUUUCAGGACUUUCGCGGUUCACACAUUCUGUUGCUCCGAGCCCGCUUUUCCCCUGGCUCCCCAAAGAAUUGGAGCCAAAGUUUCUUUCCUACAAGAAGCAUUUAUUUGCCGAAUAUGAACACUUGACUAAUCUUAUAGCCAAUGGAGCAGGCCAGCAAAGCAAUGCAAAGGACCUCGCUUCUCGAUGGAAUCAACUUCGGCCAAUUGUUGAUGUGCUGGAAGAACUGGAUGUGAUUUUGGAAACCGAUGCAGAGGCCGCACGUUUGGUUUCAGAUAUACUAAAUGACGGUGGCGAUGGUGACGUUGCUGAUGAGGAAAAGGAAUUGAUGGAGCUUGCGCGAGUGGAACAAGAACAACGCACAGUUCAUCGUCAGGCAUUGGAACAAAAACUCCUGGACUUGAUUGUUCCAGAAGACCCAACGUACUUUUCCUCUGGAGUCACACUGGAGAUCAUAGCCGGAGCUGGUGGUCGUGAAGCAGGCUUAUUUGCUCGUGAGCUACUGGAGAUGUAUCGACUUUUGUGUGUGGAUCGUGGGUGGCAUUUCGCCCUGGUUCAAGAGCUCACAAUGGUCGGGGAUGAUAUCAUUUCAACCGGUUCGGAAAGUCCCCUGUCCAAAGCUUGUCUGGAGAUCGUUGGAGAACCCAAUCCGAUUGCAACGGACGCGAGGCGUUUCGGUGCCUACGGACAGUUGCGCUGGGAGGCCGGCGUGCAUCGUGUGCAACGAGUUCCGGUGACCAGUAAACAAGGCAAAAUUCACACAAGCACUGUUGCAGUAUCUGUGAUCCCGUCUAGUGAUGAAAUAUCUGUGGACCUACCUGAGCGUGACCUGAGUUGGGCGUUCUUCCGAGCUUCUGGAGCGGGUGGUCAACAUGUGAACCGUACUGAUAGCGCUGUGCGACUUACCCACAUCCCCACUGGCACUGUCGUCACGUGUCAGCAAGAACGAAGUCAACACGUGAACAAACGGAUUGCUUUGGAGACGUUACGUGAAAGGCUCGUGAAUUCAAAGGUCAAAUCACAAGCCGAAUCCGAGCGGUCUCUCCGCCGCUGCCAAAUCGGUCACCUUGAUCGAUCGGAAAAAGUUCGCACCUAUAACUAUCCGCAAGAUCGCGUCACGGACCACCGACUUUCCAGAUCAUGGGCUGGUAUUUUCCGAUUCAUGCGGCAGACCACCGGUCUGUCAGAAGCUAUCGAAGCCUUCGUACAACGGGAUCAGUCCCUUCGGCUUCACAAUCUGUUAUCUCAAGCACAAUCGUUUAACGAGGGACAGUCAACUGCUUGAAGCCACUUCCUACCUUUUUUUGAAGUCGUUCCCAACUUGUACAUUACGUUUUAACUUCUCUAGCUCCUUAAUUUCUCUGGUGAUUGUCUUUUCCAUUCAGCCUGGCCAGUACACUAUGCCAUAGGAAUGCAAGUCCCAGUUAUCGAUUUUCGCAUAUUGGUGAUCCUUAGUGAUUUUUAUGAACAAAGCUUUGAAGCAUACUUCGACACUAAACUCCUGAAACCCUAGGCUAAGUUUUCAGUGUGGGACAAUUCUACAAGGCUAGGUCUCCAGUAUGGAAUCAAAUCUUGCCGUUUUCCUAAUCGUACAUCUUUUGUUUGGGAAGCGCCAUGCGGUCCUGCCCUUUGUACAUCAUGAUCAGAGCGUUAGUCAACAUCGCUAAGGCUUGCGAAGUGGCUAUUCACUGUUACUUCACUCUGGCUGGGUUCAACGGUGUUACCCAGUCCUGAAUAGAGAUCGGGAUUAUUUUAAUCUCAUCCUUCUGGGUACAAAUACGGUGUAACGGUGAUACUACUGAUGGGGAGGCACGCGAGUAGUAUGCGUUGUUCGUGGAAUUUCGCUGUGUCUCUGUUGCGGAAUUUGUGGUGUCGCUUUGUAACAUUUGCUUGAAUUUGAGCCAAUUUGGGCCAAUGAAUAUUCAGGAAAGUUCGAGAAGAUGUGUUCAGGAGAAGAUGGUUGUCCAGUUUUUGUGAAUAAGAUGCAAAUGAGAGUUUUGCUUCCCUGUUCAAUGGUAUGUAACCGGUCAGUUGGCAUUUUCUAA